ACAUCAUGACCUCACAGAGACGAGACGUAGAGCUUAAGGAGCGAGGAGGAUUCGUCGAUGUACCUCUUGGAGAUCCUCUGCCUCAAAGGAGUACUCGAUUGCAGCCUGGACGUCUAUGGUCUGUGAUAUUGGGCGUGUGUGGGGUGGCUCUUGUUGCCUCGGUUGCCACCCUAGCUAUAAUGAUGUCGGGCUCCUCAGGUCCGGCACCCUUACAAAAGGAGGACACACCCAGGGAGAGUCAUUAUGACCCCCAGUUAAAUGAACGUGUUGGCCCUACCUCGCUUUUCAGCCUCACCAAGCAGUUGACCGAUCGCUUCAGCCAGUUCAGUGCAGGAAUGAACUUCAAGGCUUCAUUCAUGAAAGAAAAAGGUGGUGAUGCAUCUGAAUUUGAAGAAGUGGAAGUGCCGCUGGGUGAAGUGGAGGGACUGUAUGAGGGUGAACGUCCACCACCACACAUCUCCCACCAGCAGGUGCAGGAACCCCAGCAUCCACCCGAUCCAAACUUCCAAGAAGUGGAGGUGCCACUGGAUAAGAUAGAUGGCCUGUACCAUCCACCAGUUAAUCCUCAGCCAGAGUUCCAGGAGGUGGAGGUGCCGCUGGGUGAAGUGGAGGGACUGUAUGAGGGUGAACGUCCAUCACCACCACACAUCUCCCACCAGCAGGUGCAAGAACCCCAGCAUCCACCUGAUCGAAACUUCCAAGAGGUGGAGGUGCCACUGGGUGAAGUGGAGGGACUGUAUGAGGGUGAACGUCCACCACCACACAUCUCCCACCAGCAGGUGCAAGAACCCCAGCAUCCACCCGAUCCAAACUUCCAAGAAGUGGAGGUGCCACUGGAUAAGAUAGAUGGCCUGUACCAUCCACCAGUUAAUCCUCAGCCAGAGUUCCAGGAGGUGGAUGUGCCGCUGGGUGAAGUGGAGGGACUGUAUGAGGGUGAACGUCCAUCACCACCACACAUCUCCCACCAGCAAGUGCAAGAACCCCAGCAUCCACCUGAUCGAAACUUCCAAGAGGUGGAGGUGCUGCUGGGUGAAGUGGAGGGACUGUAUGAGGGUGAACGUCCACCACCACCACCACACAUAUCCCACCAGCAGGUGCAAGAACCCCAGCAUCCACCUGACCCAAAAUUCCAACAGGUGCAGGUGCCAGUGGAGAAAGUGCAUGGAGUGUACAAGGGUAAUCGUCCACCACCACCACUAGCCCCCCAUCCGAAGGUGAAGCAGCCCAAGCAACCACUUGACCCUGACUUCCAGGAGAAGAAGGUGAAAAUAGAGACACCACAAGAACACGAUGGUUCUAGACUCCCCAAGCUGUUGCAACAACGACUGGCACAUAGGCAGAAGACAGGCAAGGUGAAGGAGUCGACCAGGCUGCCCACCAGACUGGAAAAUGCUCAGCGGAUCUGCGAGACGCCCGAGUGUGCCAUAGCUGCAACACAGAUCUCGGAGAACCUGGACCUGUCGGUGGAUCCGUGUGACAACUUCUACGAAUUCGCAUGUGGCGGCUGGAUUAAUAAACAUCCCAUCCCUCCCUCUGGUGUGACUGGCACCUUUGAGGAUGCAGGUGAGAAACUGGAGAAAAGACUCUUCCUCAUUCUAGACUCUCCUGCAGAACCUGAUGCCCCCCAGCCUCUACACAUGAUCCGCACCUACUACAACACCUGCAUGGACACAGACACAAUGAACAGCCUGGGCUUUGCACCACUGGCAUUGGUGCUGGAGCAUCAGGGAGGCUGGCCUUUAGUGCUGGAUGCCUGGGACCCCUCUGCAUUCACCCUUACCACCGCCAUCAAUAAUCUCCGUGACCUCAAUGCCUACCCUCUUCUCGGCGUUGGGGUAGACGCAGAUGUUGAGGAUGUCUCCACCAAGAUCCUUUAUCUGGACAUAGGCACAGUACCACUGGGUAUCAACGUCAUAUCGCAUCUGAGCAAGGAGAUGUUGGAUAUCUACAAGACCUACAUAACAGACACUGCCAAGCUCCUUAGAGAUGACCUGGGCACCUUGGUCAGUGAUGAACAGAUUCAGAAGGAGGCGGAGGAGAUCGUUGAGUUUGAACUUGCCUUCUCACAGAUGGUGUUUAAGGCUCUGGCGAACAUUACUGACCACAUAUAUCGAACUAACAUCAAGGAGGUCCAGGAAAUGACUGAUGCUGGUACUCCAGGCGUGUUCAACUGGCUGGCAUUCAUGAAGGAAAUGUUCACCAACACAGACGUCACCAUUACCGAGGAUGAACCUCUCAUCUCCUUUAACGGGCCAUUCUUCAGCAUGUUCAGUAACCUGCUGGCAGCCACUGAGCCUAGGAUCCUUGCUAAUGCCAUAGGGUGGUGGUGGGCCUACGAGCUCCAGGACGAGACCACUUACGUUAUGAGGAAUGUUUCCAUUCAGUUCUUCCACGACUUAUUUGGUGAGAAGCUACCAACCCAACGGCAGCACUGCUUGGACCAGACCAACGCCAACAUGGGCUUUGCGAUGUCCAGGGAGUACGUCGACCGUUUCAUGGCUGGCACAGUAAAGCCAGAGGUGUCAGAGUUAGUGGAAGACAUCCGCAAAGCCUACGACUCCCUCCUUGAUGAGAACACAUGGAUGCUUCCAGAGGACCUGGCAGUAGCCAAGGAGAAGUUGGCUGCUAUUGACCCCUUCGUUGCCUACCCUGACUGGAUCAUGGAUGAUGAAGAGCUAACACUGGGCUAUGAGGAUCUGGACAUUACCUAUGAGAAACAGGUGCAAAACUUGGUCAAUAUAGGAGCAUGGUAUAAUUUCCACAAGCUCAACUCUCUACGUGAAACACCAGAACACUCGUUCAUCUUCCCUCCGACAGUGGUCAACGCCUUCUACAACCCGAUCCAAAACACAAUUACAAUCCUGGCUGGCAUUCUGCAGUAUCCAUUCUACUCCCACAACUCACUUGCUGCUCUCAACUAUGGAGGCAUCGGCAUGGUGAUAGGCCAUGAAAUGACCCAUGGCUUUGAUAAUACAGGUCGUUUGUAUGACAAGUUCGGAAACCUCAGGCAGUGGUGGAGUAACGAAACCAUCACAGCAUACGAGAAACACGCUCAGUGCUAUAUUGAUCAGUACGACAGCUAUGUCCCGCCCGAGUUGGCUGAAAUUGGAAUGAACAUAUCGAUCAAUGGUAAAAAAACAGAAGGUGAGAACAUAGCGGACAACGGUGGUGUCCGUGAAGCGUUCCGAGCCUAUCAGCUGUAUGUAGAACGUUACGGAGAGGAGGCGAGACUUCCUGGUCUAGAAGAGUUCUCCCCAGACCAUCUCUUCUAUCUGGGCAUUGCUAACGAGUGGUGUGAACACAAAUCUGGCCAAGCCGUGUUGAUGCAGUUACUCUCCGACGUUCACUCCCCGGGCAGAUUCCGAGUCUUGGGUCCUCUCUCCAAUGCCGAACAGUUCAGCAAGGUGUGGAACUGCCCGAGUGACUCGCCCAUGAACCGUGGUGAUAACCGCUGUAUUCUUUGGUAGUCACAUUAACCACAGGUCCGUUCUACUGAUGAUGUGAUUACAUCUCUUGUGAUGGUGAAACCAAUACUUGGCAUAACAAAAGGCAUUUAACAACUCGUAUUGUAUCUACAGAAAUCAUAACAUUUGUAUGAAUUACUUUCGUGUUAAUUAGUGAAAUAAUCUAAGAUAUGUACAGUAUAGUCUGUAUUUACGUGACUUUUGUUUACGUGUUUGGUCAUUUACUCGGUGCCUUGCCAGAAUGAAAAUGCUUUAAUUACGCGGUAAAUUUGGUCAUUUAAGCGGCGAGCGGCUGGAGAGGUCCAGACCACCACGCCAAUUUUUACCCACGCGGUUCAUUCUUAACCAUACGCGGGAAGCGGCGCGGUGAGUGGUGCGCAUUAGGCCGCUCUUACGUUAUCGCUGACGUCAUAAGACGUAUCGGACUGUGAUUGGGCCACGCAUUC